AUGCCAGUCAUUGUUGGACCAACGGAAAAUGGACAAGAACUAAAACAACAGGAAUUCGAUGACUUGAAAAUGAAGGAUGGAGUUGGCGGAGUGAAAAACUGUCACACUGAUACGAAAUCAGUUAGGAGUACUUUGAUUUCAAGGAAAAAUGGAUUAUCAAUAGUAGUGAACGCAUGUCUUCUGGCAUUCCAACUAGGAGUUAUCACAGUUUCCACAGUUUUUGCCGUUGAACAUUUGAUUGAGAUUUGGGAAUUCAUUGCCGAUUCUCCACCUCCAUUCUCCAAAAGUGUCAUGAUACUGAUAUAUUUCGUUCCUCAAAUGCUGCUCAACUUCAUCGGACACAUGAAAUUGAUCACAAUUCUAUGUCUUUGUGGAAAUGUCAUCAUUUUCGCUGCAAUUGGUCUCAUUACGAAGGAAUUAAUGAUGCAUAAAUGGUAUCCAACAUGGGAACUGAAUAGUAUAACUGGCAUCGAAGGAAUCUCACUUGCAGCAGGUGCAUUGUUCUACUCAUUCGAAGGACAAGCAAUGGUUCUCCCACUUGAAAAUUCAUUGAAACGGCCAAAAGAUAUGACUGGAGUGACUGGAGUUCUGUCCACUGCAAUGAAUCUGGUCACGGUUUUAUAUGCAUUCCUGGGAUUCUUUGGAUAUGUCACUUUCGGACCUACUGUACAAGGAAGUUUGACACUUAAUCUGCCGAAUUCAGUUUUAUCCGUUUCGAUCAAAGGACUUCUCGUUUUGAAAAUCUUUUUUGGAAGUGCUAUGCAACUCUACGUAAUUGUCCAAAUGCUUCUCCCGAGUCUCCAAUCGAGAAUAUCAGAAAAUAGAAAACUAAUUCAUCGAUUCCUUCCGUACGCUCUCCGUCUUGGUUUGAUGCUUGUCACAUUAUGUCAAGCAUUGGUCGUCCCAAAUCUAAUGCAAAUCAUUCCGCUCGUUGGGAUCACAUCUGGUCUUCUUCUUUCUCUCAUUCUCCCUUCUUUCCUGGAUUGUAUGGUUUUCCUUCCAGUUCACAAGAAACAAGGAGAAAAGUUCAAAUACUACCGAAAGAUGAUGAUCAACCUAUUUUUAUUCGUCCUAGGCUGGCUAUUCCUUGGAUCUGGACUCUAUUCAAGUAUCGAUGAUAUUAUCAAUAAUAACGUCUGA